ACCGAUAACGUCAUUGCGCGCGCUGGACUUGUGACGCAGCAUAUCGUCUGCAAAUUUUGCGCGCUAUAUAUUUUUCAUUGGCAGAGGUUUAUAAAAUAGCUGUAAUCGGUUAAGCAAUAAUAGAAUUAACAGAAGUUUGUCAGGAACACACUGUAAUUUUUCUCUCUGGCUACAUUUUAUUUUUCUUCGUUUAUUUUAGAAGACAAAGAGAACAACGCAUACUCUAACUGGGAUACUUAUUUUCACUUGAAAUGAAAGGCUUCGCAAUUCUGUCAGUUCUGUACAUUUAUCUGGAAACAGGACUUUGUAUUGAGGAAACAAACAUAUCGCCUGUUGAAGCAAAUAGUGAUGCGAUCUCAGAAAGAUCUCCAGCACUGACGUUAGUUAAAAGGAAUACAGCAUUGAAAAGACUACCAGCUUGGUCAGUGUAUUAUGGAAAACGAUCGGGUGAGCCAUCCUUUGCUUUACACAAUAGUGGCAAAAUCCACAAAGACGAGAGUGUUGAUUUUGGAAAUAUAGAAAACGAUGAAAUAAUCGACGAAAACGAUUCGGAUUCUGGUGAAGUGGCAUUUCCACGAUCAUGGAUGAAUGAUUAUCUUGAACAAACAUUAUCUGAGAAAGAUGAAAUAUUAAACUUAGAUGCUGAAAAACGUUCAAAUCUUAAACGACUUCAACCAUGGAUGUCAACGUAUGGGAAAAGGAGCGAUGGAUUUCUCGACACAGAUAAAGGAUACGACAUCGAUGCAAUAAAAACAAAUGCUGACAUUGGACAAAACGAUCUUCACGAUUUCAAGCAACUGCAAGAAUUGUCUGAAAAUUUAUAUGAUAUGGACGAUCUUCAGAAUCCUCCCACCUGGCCUGCAAAACGUAUGGCUGGUUGGUCUGCAACUUAUGGAAAACGUGUUCCAUGGUCGGUAACCUAUGGAAAACGGGCUCCAUGGUCAGUCACCUACGGAAAACGUGAUCCAUGGUCGGUAACUUACGGGAAACGUGCUCCAUGGUCAGUCACUUACGGAAAACGUUCUCCGUGGUCAGUCACUUAUGGCAAACGUGCUCCAUGGUCAGUAACGUACGGUAAACGUGCUCCUUGGGCAGUCACUUACGGAAAACGUCUUCCAUGGACCGCUACCUACGGUAAACGAUCACAAGGUUGGCAAGCUUUCUACGGAAAGCGUGCACCUAUGUGGCAAGCGGUUUAUGGGAAACGAAACGCAGAUGACAUGACAUCCGAAGUUGAAAAUACUGUCCCAGACAAUGUUGACAGCUCCGAUGAUACUUCAGAUAUCGCGGAGAAGCGCUCUUCACAAGUCUGGUCAGCCUUCUAUGGGAGAUAAUACUUAAAACUUGAGGAUAUGUGUACUAAAUGUUAUAAAUAAUUCAAAGGUAUAAAUUGUGAAAUUCAAUUCUACUGCAGGUUCUAGAUUUUCAAAUUGUUUGCUCUUUUAAGUCGUCACUCAAUAUAUUUCGUUUCUUUAAGAGUUAGGAUUGCAUUUGUUUUUGCAAACGGGUCGAAUAUCGAAGAAGAUAAUUGUUACACCCUCCAUGUUCUACAAUUGUCAACUUAAUUUUUAUCAUUGUAUACUUACAGCUUUUUAUUUACGCUCGGGUUUAUAUAUUAUCAUGGCGAAUGUCAGGACAAUUUUUUUUGAAUGACACAAUAUUGAAAUGAUCUACAAUCUAUUUUAAAGAAAAUAAAUAAAGAAAAUAGGCUUACCCUCAUUUUUCUUCAUAAGCUUAUCGUUGUAUUAAAUAAACAAAAAUACCUGCAACACAAUCUUUUAAAAUUCUAAUGGAUUGUAAACUUUCCAAUUACAUGAUAAAGGAAUGGAAAAUAGUCUUUAUUAGCCUAAUUAUUUUACAGGCAUUUAAACGUGCUCCUGUUUGAUUUAACGCCAUUUCAAUUUUUUUAUCAAAAGUGGUGCCUCUAUUUUAGAGUAGAAAUUGUUCUGUGAAUAUAUCUGAUAACAUUGCAUGCAAAACAGAUAUGGAUAGUGAGUGACUUGUAACGUGAUGACUCAAGCUACGGAUCUUCUGAAAUCUAAAACAUUUUAUCCUUCCAAAGGUGAAUGGAAGCCAGUGACGGUGUGACUAACUUUCUUUUAUGAGCAAAUGUGGUGUUGAUGUGUAAAACGUUGCUCACAUAUAUGCAUAAGUGUUCAAAUGAACUCGAUAAAAACAUUGUAGAAAUGUUUUCGUUAUUUAUUAUUAAAUGUUCUCAGCAAAAAAAAUGCAAUUUGCGAUAGAAAAAUAUAGUGUACACUGUUUAUUCAUGACCAAUAUCUUAAGUUUUCUGUCUUUUAGACUUUUUUUUCAUGUUAGACAAAAUGCUAUUUCAUUAAUACGUUUGUCGUUUCGCUCUUGACGAGCUUUGGUUAUCAGCAGAACAGAUACUAUACAUUCCAACAUUUGUAUUUUGAAUAAAGAGAAGUCAGACGGUA